UUUGUUUUGUUUAUGGUACGCCAUGGCGGAUCGAGUUGGUGACGGUGAUUUUUUGGACGAAAAUAUACAGAAAUUUAACAAUGAAAGGCGGAGCAGUAAACAGUGGGUUAAACUCAAUGUUGGCGGAACAUAUUUCCUGACUACAAAAACAACGUUAUCUAGAGACCCUAAUUCAUUUUUGUAUCGAUUAGUUCAAGAGGACAGCGAUUUGAUUUCAGACAGGGACGAAACUGGCGCUUAUUUAAUAGACAGAGAUCCCACGUAUUUUUCACCAGUUCUCAAUUAUCUUCGUCACGGUAAACUGGUUAUUAACAAUGACAUCGCCGAAGAGGGUGUGUUGGAAGAAGCAGAGUUUUAUAAUAUUACUGAACUUAUAAGAUUAGUUAAGGAAAGAAUAUGUUUAAGAGAAAGGAGGCCCUUGAAAGAUUCCAAGAAGCAUGUGUACAGAGUGCUACAGUUUCAUGAAGAAGAGUUGACGCAAAUGGUGUCUACUAUGUCAGAUGGCUGGAAAUUUGAGCAGCUCAUCAAUAUUGGCUCUCAAUAUAAUUAUGGGAAUGAUGAACAUGCAGAGUUCCUUUGUGUUGUUAGCCGAGAAUGUGGCAGUUCCCUCAACAGCAAUGACAUAGAACCUACAGACCGUGCCAAGGUGCUUCAACAAAAAGGCUCACGCAUGUGAGCUCACCAUGUAAUGAUUUAAAUAUUUUUUGAGACUGUCAGCUCUGUGUGAGAAAUGUGUACAUAUUUUUAGAGUGUAAACAGUCUGUAUUACUUCUUUUUAAUGUAAAAAAUUGUCAUGAGUCCUAACAAUAACAUUUGUAUUAGUCAAUUGAGUGGUAACUGUAUCUUUGGUCUUCUACUUCAGUAAAUUAUUAAUAUUAGACAAAUACUCAAUUUGAUAUGAAGUGUGAAAAUUUAAAUAGAUUAGAAAUUGUUAACUUACAAAUGAAUGCACCAAAAGCAAUGAAGUUUAAUAUCAACAAAAUAUGCAAUGUUUUUUGGCUUUACCCACUAAUUUAUCCUCUCACUACAACUACUGCCAGAGGCAUUUUUUUUUAUUACAAUUUGGUGCAUUCAAAUGUAUCUGAUUCAAUAAAGUAUUUUUUUUAUUAUUUGAUCCUGGAGUAUACAUGAUCCUCAUAAAUAGUGAAUGCUAAUAAUCUCGUUUUAUGAUUGUGGAAACUGAUUAUUAUAAUGCUAAGCAUAUGCAUAACAUUGAGUUUUUUAAGGCUUAGAUUUCUAGUCUAUCAGACUUAUUAAAACCACAUUUUGUAAAUAUAAAAUGUUGUUGUCCUUUGGAUCAGUAAUCAAUUCCAGAUAUUAUGCUCAUUUACCAAAUGUAAUAUUAGAAACUUACAAUUCCAAA